UUUUUUUUUCUUUUUCUUUAAUUGUUAACAACAAAUGACAAGUAUAAGAAAAAAGCCUUUAAAGGUUGUAACAGAUAGUGAAGAUGAUCAAUCAGAUAGGAAAUAUUUGAAUAUUACGAAUAAAAAAGGUCCAAGCACUAUUCUAGAAGAGAAUAAAAAGCAAAAAUCAGCAGUAAUUAGAUAUUCAGGAUUCUCCCAUGUUUUACCUAUUCAUACUGUUACAAAAGCUUCUAUAUUAUCAAAAGAGGCACCGCCAGAGAACUAUAAUGGAUUCUUAAGAUUAGGAAUGCUUAUCUUAGGUGCAAGUAAUAUUCGGUUGAUUAUUGAAAAUUGGAUGAAAUAUGGUUUAUUAAUUGGAUCCCCUCACAGUCAUAUACCAGUUAAAGAUUUUGUCUUUUCCUUUAUUGCUUGGUUAUCUGUCCCAAUUAGUUUAAUUAUCUCUUUUAUGCUUGAAUUUGGUAUGAGUAAAUUAGCUACAACUGCCAAGGAUGCAAAGCCAGAUUUCUUGAAGAAGUUAACUAUUCUCGAAAGAGUUGUCGCUGUCACUCAUUUAUGUCAUCUUUUAUUCUUGCUUACUUUUCCAUCUUAUAUUAUUUAUACUCAAAUAUAUCAUCCAGUUGUUGGCUCUAGUGUCCUUUUUAUUUGCUUAAUUGCUUUCUUAAAGUUGACUUCAUAUGCUCUUGUAAAUCAUGAAUUACGUCAAUCUUAUGUUGCUAAAAAAUCAGAGGAAUUUUAUACAGAAGAUGCCAGUUAUCCAAAUAAUAUCAAUAUAAAAAAUCUUUUAUAUUUUUUCUUUGCACCUACUUUAUGCUAUCAACCUUCUUAUCCUCGUUCUCAAAAGUUUCGUAAAACAUUCUUUAUGAAACGUGUUGGAGAAUUGGUCACUUGUUUAGCUAUGAUGUAUGUCCUUUCUGAACAAUAUGCAAAACCUACUUUAGCAAAUUCAAUUAAAGCUCUGGAGGAUAAAGAUAUAGUUACAAUCGUAGAAAGAGUCUUAAAACUAUCAACUACUGCUGUUGUCAUUUGGCUUUUAAUGUUCUAUGCUUUGUUUCAUGCCUUUUUAAAUGCAUUAGCAGAGGUAUUAAGAUUCGGUGAUCGUACCUUUUAUUUAGCUUGGUGGAAUUCUGGUAAUCUGGUGACUUAUUGGAGACUAUGGAAUAGACCGGUUUAUCUUUUCUUUAAACGCCAUGUCUAUAUCCCUGCUGUUCAACGUGGUGUUCCUCCUGCUUUGUGUCAAUUACUUGUCUUUUUCGUCUCUGCUGUCUUGCAUGAAGUCCUUGUCGGUAUUCCAACACAUUCAAUUACCGGAUUUGCUUUUUUUGGUAUGCUUGGACAAAUUCCUUUAAUUGCUUUUACGCAAGCAAUAGAGAAAUGGAGAGGAAAAGGUACUUCUCUUGGCAAUACAAUCUUUUGGAUAACAUUUUGUGUUGUUGGUCAGCCUACAAUUGCUUUACUCUAUUAUUAUCAAUGGACAGCAACUCAUAAAAUUACAAAUAGUACUACUUGAGUACACAUAUUCCCAUGCUUUCAUAUGAAACUUAUUUAUUAUUUACUGUGUAUGUUUUCAAAUAAAUGAAAACGAACAAAA